AUGGGCCACUCGACCUCCCGCCACAAUGCCCUCGCCGGCGACGGCCACCCGCCGCUGCCGUCCCGCUUCUCGCGCUUCCGCACCCGCCUGCGCCUCCGCCGCCGCGACCGCGCCGCCGCGGACUGCUCCGGGUCGGGGAGGCCCGCCGCCAUCGCCGACGCCGUCGCCGCCGACGAGUUCGCCGGCAUCGCCCGCAUCCGGAUAGUCAAGGCGGACAUGCGGUUCAAGGACAAGUUCUUCGCCUGCCUCUCGCUCGGGGAGCGCACCUACCGCACCGAGAGAUCAGACAACACCCACAAGCCAGAAUGGAAUUCAGAAAAGAAAGUGGUGAUAGAAACAAAUGGACCUCAUAUUGCACGUAUAUCCGUUUUUGAGACUAAUCGGUUUUCUAAGAAUACAUUGGUUGGUUACUGUGAAGUUGAUCUCUUCGAUUUGCUCACCAAGGACUUGGAGGAGGAACACAUUGAGGACCUUGCUUUGUUAGAUCCAUCGUCGUCCACGAACGCCGUGGGAACCAUAUCCAUAUCGUGCUACAUCGAAGAUCCUGUUGAGACAGAACAAAGCUUUGCACGCCGGGUCUUAGCCAUAGUGGACUACGAUGAAGAUGGAAAGCUUUCCUUACCUGAAUUCUCGGACUUGAUGAAAGCUUUUGGUAAUGGACUAGCAGUUAACAAGAUGGAAGAGCUUUUCCGCCAAGCAGAUACAAAUGGUGAUGGCAUAGUUGACAUGGAUGAACUAGCAGCCCUACUAGCUGAUCAACAAGAGAAAGAACCAAUUAUCAGUAACUGUCCUGUCUGUGGUGAAAGUCUGGGAAAGUAUGAUAAAAUAAAUGAUAUGAUACAUAUGACACUUUGCUUUGACGAGGGCACUGGCAAUCAAAUUAUGACUGGGGGAUUUCUAACGGAUAAGCAAGCUUCAUAUGGGUGGAUGUUUAAACUUAGUGAAUGGGCAAAUUUUUCCUCAUAUGAUGUUGGUUUGCGCUCUGGCUCUACUGCUUCACAUAUUCUGGUUUUUGAUCGGCGAGCGAAGAGGCUAGUUGAAGAAGCAAUAGAUGGGAAGAUAGUGUUGUCCAUGAGGGCUUUAUAUCAAUCAAAAGUAGGGCUCACUCUUAUCAAUACUGGUGUCAAAGAUAUCUUGAAAAACCUAUCUGAGAAGCAAGGAAAGAAGAUGAACUCACCAGAAUCUGCCAAAGAUAUUCCAAAGUUCCUCGAUUUAUUUAUGGGUCAAAUUAAUAUGGAUGAGACGAAAGAUCCUAUUGAAAGUUUUAAGACAUUCAAUGAUUUUUUUGUAAGACAAUUGAAACCCAGUGCCAGGCCAAUUGCGUACAACGAUCAGGACAAUAUUGCUACCUGUGCUGCCGACUGUCGUUUAAUGGCUUUCAGUUCUGUUGAUGAGAGCACAAGAUUUUGGAUAAAGGGACGCAAAUUUUCAAUUGAAGGUCUCCUAGGGGCGGAUGCGCACUCUGAUGCUUUUAUCAAUGGAUCGUUGGUAAUUUUUCGGCUUGCACCUCAGGACUACCAUAGGUUUCAUGUACCUGUGUCAGGAACUGUAGAGAAAUUUGUGGAAAUUCCUGGAUGCUUGUACACGGUCAAUCCUAUUGCCGUGAACAGUAAGUACUGUAAUGUAUUUACCGAGAAUAAAAGAGUUGUCUCAAUAAUCUCAACUUCAGAAUUUGGAAAGGUGGCAUUUGUUGCCAUUGGAGCAACUAUGGUAGGAAGCAUCACAUUCCUGAAAAAAGAGGGGGACUACGUCCACAAGGGAGAUGAGUUUGGGUAUUUCUCCUUUGGAGGGAGCACGGUAAUCUGUGUCUUUGAGAAGGACGCAAUACAAUUCGAUGCUGAUCUUGUGGCGAACAGCGAAAGGUCACUGGAAACCCUUGUCGAGGUUGGCACGACGUUGGGCACCUCCAAACGGAACAGAGAGCUACAGGUUCCAGAGCUACAGAAGUGUUCAGUCAAAUGAUAGAAGUUAGGGAGUGCAAGGCAGCACGGUACAGAUCUGUAAAGUACCUGUAGGAAUUAGUGGAGUAUAUCCUGAUAGUGUCACGUUUUAUCUCCGGGUCCAUUUGUGUUGUUACUGUUUCCGUAGGUUAACCUUCAUAGUUGGAUCUUGCCUGUGUAUCGCGUGAAAAUAGAUCCAUGUUGCUGGAGCAAACCAUUCUCGCAAAUCACAUUUGAUAUAUUUUCUAAUGAAAUUAAGCUGAACGAUUUGAGCCAUGAAUGUACCUGACAA